AUGGUACCUGCAUUGAAAAUGAAAAUUUGCUCUGGGUAUGGAAUCAUCAGUGAUAUUACUACUGGUGCUGCUUCCCUGCGUGUCAUUGUGGUGACUAAGAACUAUCAGCACGUCUUGGCUUUGGAAUUUGCAAUAAAGGAGAUCAAUGAAAAUCCCUUCCUUUUACCCAAUGUCACCCUGGGCUUCCACAUGUAUGAUAUCUACUCUGAUGCCAGAUUGACUUAUCGAGCCACAAUGCAACUUAUUUCCAUGAAGAACAGAUUGACUUAUCGAGCCACAAUGCAACUUAUUUCCAUGAAGAACAUAUUUAUUCCCAACUACAAGUGUGAUCUCAAGGACAAACUAAGUGCAGUUAUAGGGGGACUUCACUCAGAGACCUCCCACCUGAUAGCAAAUAUUUUGGGCACCUAUAAGAUUCCACAGCUCCUGUAUGGCUCCACUCCAGAGAGGAUGUAUAAAACUGAAUUCCUUUCCCCAUAUCGGAUGGUUCCAGAUGAUGCCCUUCAGUAUCUAGGAAUUCUUCAGUUACUCCUCCAUUUCAAAUGGAUAUGGAUUGGAUUCAUUGCUGAUGAUAAAGAUAAUGGAGAAAUGUUUCUAGAGCUCAUGCUUCCAUUAUUUUCUGAGAGUGGAAUCUGUUUAGCUUUCAUGGAAAUAUGCCCCGAGAAUGUAAGCUUUGAUGAUUAUAAGGAAGACAUUAUAAGGAAAGGAUCUGAAAUGUAUGAAAAAAUCAUGACCAGUGCAGCCAAUGUUUUUGUCUUCUAUGGAGAAGCUGAUUCCAUCAUAUUUUUGAGAUGGGUGCUAUACUUCCCAGAAAUAGAAGUCAAUUUAUGCAAACCAAAGGGUAAAGUCUGGAUACUUACUGCCCAGAUGGAGUUAAAAUCGCUUGUCUUUCAGUGGGUUUGGGAUAUACAGGUCAUCCAUGGUGCUCUGUCCUUUGCAAUUCAUUCCAAAGACCUGCAGCAAUUCAAAGCAUAUAUUCAGGGAAGGAACCCUUCCAGUGCAACAGGAGAUGGUUUGAUCAUAGAUUUCUGGGAACAGGCCUUUCGCUGUGUUUUCCCCAGUACUUUCCAGGGUCAAAUUGAGGGUGACAUCUGCACUGGAGAGGAGAGGCUGGAGAGCCUUUUGGGGCCCUAUUUUGAAAUAAGCAUGACUGGCCAUAGCUACAGCAUCUAUAAUGCUGCCUAUGUGGUGGCCCAUGCCUUGGAUGCCAUGUUCUUAUCCAACGCCAGAGCUAGAACAAUGAUGGAAGGAGAUAGGACAAUAAAACUGAAUUAUCAGCCAUGGCAGCUUCACUCCUUUCUGAGGCAAGUCUCAUUUAACAACAGUGCAGGAGAUGAAAUAUUUUUUGAUCAGAAUGGAGUGGUAGUAGCAGGAUUUGAUGUUAUAAACUGGAUUACAUUCCCAAAUCAGUCCUUUGCUAGAGUAGAAGUUGGAAGAAUGGAUCCCAAAGCCCCUAAUCCUGACCAGGCAUUUACCAUCAACAAUGAUGCUAUUGUGUGGCACAGCUGGUUUAACCAGGCACAGCCUCUUUCUGUUUGUAAUGACAAUUGUCGUUCUGGAUAUAGCAAGCAAAAGAAGGAAGGGAAGCCGUUCUGCUGUUAUGACUGUAUUCCAUGCUCAGAAGGGAAGAUCUCUACAUUACCAGAUAGAGCUGAGUGUUUCCAGUGCCAAGAAAACCAUUAUCCAAACAAAGAUCAUAAUUCAUGCAUCCCCAAGAGUAUAGACUUUUUGUCCUAUGAAGAACAUAUAGGGAUUGGUUUAUUUCUUGUGAUGCUUACAUGUUCCUUGAUAACAGCUCUGAUCCUAGGAAUAUUUCUGAAGCACCACAACACCCCUAUUGUCAAAGCCAACAACCGGAAUCUCACAUACAUUCUCCUCAUCUCCCUCUUGCUCUGCUUUCCUUGUGCGUUACUCUUCAUCGGCAAACCUACUCAGGUGACCUGUCUUCUCCGGCAAACUACUUUUGCCAUUACCUUCUCAGUGGCUGUUUCUUGUGUGUUGGCCAAAACCAUGACUGUUGUUUUGGCUUUCAUGGCCACCAAUCCAGGAUCAAGGAUGAAAAAAUGGGUAGGGAGAAAACUAACCACUUCCACUGUCCUUUGCUGUUCCCUUAUUCAAGCAAUUAUUUGUGCUGCAUGGCUGACAACCUCUCCCCCAUUUCCUUCUGUUGAUACACAUUCAGUGCCUAAUGAAAUUCUCCUGCAGUGUAAUGAGGGAUCAGGUGGAAUGUUUUACUAUGUUUUUGGUUACUUGGGUUUCUUGGCAUUGGCAAGUUUCACUGUGGCUUUCCUUGCCAGGAAGUUACCUGACAGUUUCAAUGAAGCCAAGUUCAUCACUUUCAGCAUGUUGGUCUUUUGCAGUGUUUGGGUCUCCUUUGUUCCAACCUAUCUGGGCACUAAAGGGAAAUACAUGGUGGCUGUGGAGAUCUUUUCUAUCUUAGCCUCUGGGGCUGGACUGCUGGGCUGUAUCUUUUUCCCCAAAUGUUAUAUUAUGCUGCUAAGGCCUCAGCUAAAUACACGGGAACAAUUAACAAGGAGAAAUCUCUAA